CCAGUCUUACUGCUUGGAAUUAGAAUAUGCACAGCUUGUGUGCAUUGAGGUAUAAUGUGAAAUCUUUCCUUCGAAUUGGAAUAAAUUUAUUGAACUUGCUGGUUGCACAACUCUUGAGCCGCGAUUUCUCUUAAAUUGUCAGGUCAAGUUAUUGUACCAAUACGAAGCCAAAGCGGUGUGCCAUUGUUCAUAUGACUGACGAUCGUGCGUUCUGUACACCAACCUUUAAAUAACUGCCAGUCAAUUUUAAUAGUAAAAAAUCAUACCACUUUUAACACAUUUUUUGGAUAAUUUGUGUGUAUUGAUGAUAAUUUAUUGAUACAAUUCGGGACGAUCAAACAUGUUUGCUUCUUAAAUUACAGAUUGUAACAAACUUCAGCUCAAAGCGUAGUUCUGCUUCAUAUUUUCAGAAGAAUUUUACGGCCGACCUCUGAGCUAAAGCGUGAAAACAUUAACACAAAUCUGAACAAGUUCAAGAAGUCAUCGAUAUUUAACUCGGCUCGUUUAUACGUCGACUCUUUGUUUACUUUGAGGAGACUUGGUACAAAAAUUUGUUUGACUUAACCGAUAUAACUUAUCAGUUAUCAACAAAAAAUAUCUUAAUCUGUUUCAUCGUUAAAGAACUUCAAAACCAUGGGUUAUCAUAGAAAACAUGCGGUUGAUAAUCUCCUGCAAAUACCGUGGGCGCUGAAAGAUCGUCGACUUUGGCGUGCUGUUUUUGCCGAGUUUUUCGGAACUUUCAUCAUGAUUUUUGUCGGGUUGCUCAACAUCGUCGGCGCCGAAAACAAGCAGGCAAUGGGUGACGAAAUUGACAAUCUCAUAGCGCCCGGGCUAACCUUCGCAGCUAUCAUCAUGACUCUGAUUCACAUCAUUGGACCCACCUCGGGGUGUCAUAUUAACCCGGCUGUGACCAUUUCUCUGAUGGUUUCAAAGAGGUGCCACUUCAUCAAGGGACUUCUCUACAUCCCCACCCAGUUCGUAGGUGGGAUAGCAGGGGCUGCCAUGGUGUACUGGGUUGCACCUCAUCAGUGGGUGGAGGACACGCAUCUGGGCAUGAACUUAUUGAAGCCAGGGAUCAACAUGUUCCAGGGUCUGGCGGUGGAGAUUAUUGGGACCAUGAUCCUAGUGCUGCUAGUACUCGUCAUCUCAGACCCAGACCCAAAGAAGGACUUUGAGGGCUUCCCGGCCACCUCAGCUGGCUUCAUGGUUCUGGCCUGUGUGUUCUUCAUGGCUCCCUUUACCGGCUGCAGUCUCAACCCCGCCCGCUCCUUCGCCCCCGCCCUCAUCAUGAUGCAGUUCCAUGACUACCACUGGAUAUACUUUGUGGGCCCAAUCAGUGGGGGACUGCUGGCAGUGGCACUGUACUUCACCAUGUUUAUUCAGGGCAUCCACCAGUUCGAUGACCCCCCAGAAACAGUAGCGACAGCAGCGACAGCAGCAACAGCAGCAGAAAAUCAUGAGCUUAAAGAGAAACCCUUUUCAGCUUCCAACGGUGCGAGCGAGGUGGCCUGAAUUUUAUGCAUGGAUAUUACUAAAAAGAAAGCAUCCAAUUCCAGAAAAAGAUAACAAUGCCAAGAUUUACUACAAAUGAAACAAAGUAAAUUUCUAUCAGCGGGGAGCAAAACUGACCAAUUCAACUCACUUAAUGAACCGAAACUAUUAAUGAAAUAAAAUGCAAAAACUAAUUCAGUGCUAUAACAAUUUAACAUUUGAUUUUC